AUGCUUGUUGGGCGAUCCCAGCUCGCCCGCCGUAUCGCCCAAACCAAAAGUGCGAUCGCAGGCUCGACCCCAUCGAAACCUCUUUUCCCCGCCCCGCUCGUACUUGCGCGCCGAUUGUCCGGCAAGCCAUUACCACAAGGGAAAUCUAGGUUUCUGAACUUUGCCUACCGUGCUGCCGCAUGGUUCGGUAGCUCGGUGCUGCUGGUCGGCGUCGGAGUGGUCGGUUUCUUUCUCUACGAUGCUUCGACCUACCGUUUGCACUCCAGCCAGGCCGACGUCGACAUCUCAGCCCUCGCGAUCAAUCCCCGCCGUGGCGGCCCCAAGAACCUCCCAAUACUCGAAGAUUUCAUCGACGAUGACGACACCGAGGAGAUGCGGGUGCAAAAAGGGAAGCCCAGGCUCGUCGUUCUCGGCGGCGGCUGGGGCGGUGUUGCGCUGUUGAAGGAGCUGGCCCCCGAAAACUAUCACGUCACUGUUAUCUCGCCGACCAACUACUUCCUUUUCACGCCGAUGCUGCCGUCCGCGACGGUUGGGACGCUUGGGCUACGGUCGCUGGUGGAACCUAUCCGGAGAAUCAUACAUAGCGUUGGCGGGCAUUUCCUCCGCGCCAAGGCCGAGGACGUUGAUUUCUCAUCGCGGUUGAUCGAGGUUUCUCAAGUAGACUGCAAUGGCGUCGAGCAGAGAUUCUACGUCCCGUACGACAAGCUGGUUAUUGCGGUCGGGUCCGUCACGAACCCGCACGGCGUCAAGGGGUUGGAGCACUGCCAUUUCCUCAAGGACAUCAAUGACGCCCGUGAGAUCCGCAACAAAGUCAUACAUAACCUCGAGCUGGCCUGUCUCCCGACAACAACCGACGACGAGCGUAAGCGGCUCCUGUCGUUUGUGGUGAGCGGCGGCGGCCCCACGGGUGUCGAGUUCGCGGCGGAGCUCUUCGACCUGCUCAAUGAGGACCUGAUCGAACUCUUCCCCCGGCUCCUCCGCAACGAGAUCUCGGUCCACCUUAUCCAGAGCCGCGAUCAUAUCCUCAACACCUACGACGAAACCCUCUCCAAGUACGCCGAGGACCGCUUCGCACGCGACCAGGUCGAGGUCCUGACCAACUCCCGGGUCAGCGAAGUCCGCCCCGAUACCAUCAUCUUCACGCAAAAAGACGAAAACGGCAAGGUCAUCACCAAGGAACUCCCCAUGGGCUUCUGCCUCUGGUCCACGGGUGUUUCCCAGAACGAGUUCUGCAAGCGCCUGGUCAAGAAGCUCGGCAACCUCCAAACCAACCGCCACGCCCUCGAAACCGACACCCACCUCCGCGUCAACGGCACCCCGCUCGGCGACGUCUACGCCAUCGGCGACUGCGCAACCGUCCAAAACAACGUGGCGGACCACAUCGUGUCGUUCCUGCGCAGCCUCGCGUGGAAGCACGGCUCGGACCCGGAGAACCUGCAAUUGCGCUUCUCUGACUGGCGGCGCGUGGCCGAGCAGGUCAAGAAACGAUUCCCGCAGGCGGUGGGCCACCUCAAGCGGCUCGACAAGCUCUUCGCCGAGUACGACCGCGACCAGUCGGGCACCCUCGACUUCGGCGAGCUGCGCGAGCUGCUCAAGCAGAUCGACAGCAAGCUCACCAGCCUGCCCGCCACCGCCCAGCGCGCUCACCAGCAGGGCCAGUACCUGGCCCACAAGUUCAACAAGCUGGCGCGCGCCACCCCGGGCCUGCAGGCGAAUGAGAUUGUGGAGGGCGAUCUGGACGCGGCUGUGUACAAGGCGUUUGAGUACAAGCAUCUGGGCAGCCUGGCGUAUAUCGGCAACUCGGCCGUGUUUGACCUGGGCAAGGGGAGGGGGAUGGCCGGUGGGCUGUGGGCGGUGUAUGCGUGGCGGAGUAUCUAUUUUGCGCAGAGCGUGAGCUUCCGGACGAGGGUGCUGAUGGCGAUGGACUGGGCGAAGAGGGGGUUGUUUGGGAGAGAUUUGAUGAGUUACUAA